AUGCGGUUAUUUCCCUCCCUGGCGCUUGCCUCUCUUGCUGCUGGCUUUGUUGUGCACGAGCGAGAUACCUGUAUUAUAUUUCCGGAGUCGCUUACACAUGAUGGUGAAGCGGUCGAUGAUGCGCCUUCCAUCCAUGAGGCCUUUGAGCGGUGCGGGAAGAAUGGCAAGGUCAUUUUUGAAAAGGGCCAUGUCUUCAACGUCAAUUCCGUGAUGAAUACCACCGGCCUGGAGAAUUGCGAUGUCUCAUUGCGGGGAGAGCUGCGCUUCUCUACCGACGUCGACUACUGGCUCGCGAAUUCAUAUUCUGUCGUGUUUCAGAAACAGUCGACGGCCUGGUUGUUCGGUGGUGAAAAUGUCACAUUCCGCGCUGAGGAAGGUGGCUGGUACAAUGGGAAUGGGCAAACGUGGUAUACGCAGAACCGAAACCAGUCCAACCAGCCCGGUCGUCCGAUUAGUAUCACAUUUUACGACUCGAAGAACUUGCAUGUGGACGGCUUGUCUAUCAUCCAACCCCAGUUCUGGGCGACGUUCGUCUGGGCGAGUCAGAAUGUUUCUCUCACCAAUUUCUACGUCAAUGCGACGAGUGAUGAUGAGUGGGGGACGGUGAAUACCGAUGGCUAUGACUCAUGGAAUAGCAGGGACCUGCUCGUGGAGAACUGGGUUGUCCAGAACCAGGACGACUGUAUCGCAGUGAAGGGAAAUACUACGAACCUGCUCGUUCGCAACGUCACCUGCCACUGGAACUUCGGUAUGGCAAUUGGGUCGGUCGGACAAUAUGAAGAUAUGCCGGAUUAUGUCGAGGACAUCACAUUCGAGGACGUCCGCUGCUACAACUGCAUGGAAGCAGCCCUGAUCAAGACCUGGCAGGGAAUUCCAGAGGGCCACAGUUCGAAUGGCAACGGCGGCGGCGGAGGCAGUGGCUAUGUCAAGAACGUGCAAUUUCGCAACUUCGAAGUGGAAAAUACCGCCUUACCCAUCCAGAUCUCGCAAUGCAUCUACACCGAGAACGGGCAGAACUGCAAUACGUCCAAGAUGGCCAUUUCAGACAUCACAUACUCGAACAUCAAGGGAACCUCUCGGUACAAUAUCGGCAGCUCAAUCUACUGCUCGGACGUACACCCCUGCCCCGGAAUCAAAUUCGAGAAUGUGGAGCUCGACUCGGUGAACAGUACCCUCGACCUGCCGCUGUAUGGCACAACCUUGCAGGACGAGGUGUUCCAGUGCACAAACAUCAUCGACCAGGAGCAAUCCGGUAUCCCCUGCAACCGCAAAGCACCGAGUAAUUACGGCCAGGCCGUGUUUACAAAUGUCAAGGACGACAGCUCGGCUACUGAAGAUACAGAAGACAGGACGGAAGAAAGCACUCGAGACCCGCAGGUGCGACCGAAGAAGAAACCGCAGGAGAAAUUGGCUUGGGAAUGA